UGAUUGAACAAAGAAAAAAAAAUGUUUUCAUUCUGUUCUGUAUUGUCAUUUUAAUACGUAAUUUUUGGCUUGAUCAUACUUAUUAAAAUAUUAAUUUUAUGUUAUUGGAAGUACAGUAUAAAAAUGGUUGACCCAAUAUUCGAUUACCAAUUUAGGCUAAUUUUAAUCGGCGACAGUACAGUGGGAAAAAGUUCAUUGUUGAAGUAUUUUACGGACGGGAAAUUCGCAGAGUUAUCGGAUCCCACGGUGGGCGUAGAUUUCUUCGCCAGAAUUAUCGAAGUACAAGAUGGUACGCGAAUUAAAUUACAAUUGUGGGAUACAGCUGGCCAAGAAAGAUUCAGAUCUAUAACGAAGUCUUACUACAGAAAUUCAGUGGGUGCUUUAUUAGUGUAUGAUGUGUGUAAUAGAUCUAGUUUCGAGCACAUACCUCUUUGGAUGAUGGAGGCAAAGAGGCAUAUAGAACCACACCGACCAGUGUUUGCCCUAGUAGGGUGUAAGGUGGACUUGGUUGGUGACAACAAGAACACUACCCGGAGAGAAGUCUCGUGUGAGGAAGCUAGAAUGUUUGCUGAAGAAAAUGGUCUACAUCAUGUAGAGACAUCAGCAAAAAGUGGUUUAAACGUUGAAGAGGCCUUUGUACUUGUUGCUCAAGAGGUGUACAACCGCAUACAAACAGGUGAAUAUAAAGUGGAAGACGGCUGGGACGGUAUAAAGACUGGUUUCAACCGGCCCAACGGUAUGGAUUUCAAUUUGUUAGAAGCGGAAACUGUCCAGUCCACUUGCUGUUAGAUAAUAAAUUAUUGUGUACAUAUUCGACUCACGGCUAGUAUGAAAUAUUUAAGAGUAAUUUUAUAUAAAUGUAGUUAAGGAGCAGAUGCAGUUAAACUCUUUUUAUUCAUUGAAACAUUUUCUCCCUGUAUAACGAUACUUGGUAAUAAGAGUGCUUUUGUAUAUUAUAGCACAACAGUGUACAAUUUUGCUGCCAUGAUAUAAUAAGGAUGUAUAUAUAACUACUUGUUUAUCUCUAUAGAAAUGCACAAUAUAGUCAUAAUAUAAUAAUAAUAAAUAUUAUGUAUUUCAAACAAUUAAUGCCUAUAUUAGAAUGCCUAGUCAUAUUAAUAUAUAUAUACAUUAAUAUAAAUGUAUAAAAAUUCUUUAUCACAAUGUUUGUUUAUGCUAAUCUUCGAAACUCUACCAAUUUUGAUGAAGUUUUGUAAAUUUGUAUUGUUUGUUCUAAAUUGAAAUAUAGGAUAAUAAGAGAAAUAGACUUAGUAGGAGGUAAAACAACAUUUGCUAUUUCAACUAGUUAAAUGUAUAAAAAAUAUCCUUAAUAGAACGAAUAGUUGUGUAACAUAUUUUGAAUCCCUAUUAUAUCAUGGUGAUAAGAUGGCACCAUCCCAUGCUGUGCUAUAGCAAAUUAUAAAAGUACUUAUUACUAAAAACUUACUUAACAAUCAUAAGGGAGCAAAAAUCUAAUAAAUCUAACUUAAUAUAUUUUGUCUCUUCCUUGAUAAAAAAAAAAAAAAAUUUGAAAGAGUACAGAGCUCACAAAUAGUUUAGGUUUAUUGGCAUUACUAUGUUUUUAUGAAUAAUACGAUAUAUAAGUAUACUGGGUUAUUUUAAAUUGUCUGACAUGUCCUGUAGAAUAGUUUGUUAUUGUUGCUUGUUAUUUUUUUUUUUAAGAAGUACCAUUAUGUGAAUGGUCCUAUGCCAUUGUAUUAUGGUAAUUCAUGGGGUUUUUUGUUAUCACAUUACUCAGUAAGUACGUUAGAUGUUAGAAAUAAUAUGUAGUUAAUUCAAACUAACUCAGUAUACAUUGCACUGUUUAUUAAGGCCUGAUGCUUGUGUCAUAAAGCAUUUGUGUUUAACAGAAAGGUACACAACCCACAAAAUGAUAAAAAUGAGACGAUAAUACCAUAAUAGUGUAUGAAAUGUCUACAUCAUUUUGCUAACAGAAACUCAUUUUUAAACUUUUCUGACAUAACUCCUUUCUGUUGAACUGUGUUCAUUUUAAAAUUGACUUCAGUAAAAUUUGACUAUAUUUAAUUUUUUUUGUUUUGUAUGUUGACAUACCUUUACUGUAUUUAUAUUUACAUUUCUGAUUUUAAUUUAUAUUUUUAAUAUAAUAUGUUUGUGAUGUGUAAGAAAAAAAUACACUAAAUGGGUGUAUUUACAUAGCUAUGAUCUAAACUAGUCAUAUGACGGUGAGUUUAUUUAUUGGGUAUCCAUUCCAGUGAUUGUAUAACCACUGGAUAUACCCAAUUGUGAUCAUCAUAUUGUAUGACAGUAAAAUUAUUUAUUGGAUUUCACAAUAACUGCAUAAUAAUGGCAAAUACCAAAACCUCAAAGGCAAUAGAGGUACCAUGGGUAAACACUUGUUACCACCCUCUAUUAGGUGGGUUGGUUUAAUUUCCCAUUUGGUUGUUUACCAUACCUUUGGUAUGGUACAUAAAGAACUUUAUUUAAAUAAAAAAUAAUAAUGUCAAUUAAACUAUGUUACAAAUAUGUGAAUUAUUUUGUUAUCAAAACAUUGAAUGAUGCAGAUUUGUAAUGGCAUGAUCAUCAGCACCUUAAUGUACUUCUAUUUAAUGAUGUAACAUGUUCAAUAAGUUAAAAUUAAUUAUAAUAAUGAAUUAAAUACUCUAUAAUCUGGCCAUAAAUUAAAUUUGUAUUGAAACUAGGUUUUCUAUUGACCAUUGUUUGAGGUGGGUUUACAAAAUGACGUCUAGGAUGGGAGUUUGGGUAUCGAUUUUUUUUUUUUCGUUUAUAAAAAUUUAAGAGUAGACCCGUACUGCGAGUUUUCAUCACACUUUUUUUUAUACUGCAUCAUUUUUGCUAAAUUUUUUAACUGCGAUCGCGUACAGUUUCAUACAAUUUUCAUACUAAUGUUUCUUUAAAAUUUUACGUCAAAAAUUGCGUAUUUACUAUUUUGCCAUAUUUAUUUGAGACGCUUAUAUGAGUCACAUUAGAUUAACCACUUUGAUACGAUUUUUUUCGUUUUUUAUAGUGUAGAAUACCAAAUUUUUCCUUUUGAAUUAAUUUUGUAUUACAAUAUUGUUAUUUAGCAUCUGUUAGCUCCUUUCAUAUCUGUUGAAAUCUGACCGUUUUUUGGGCACAAUUUACCUUAUUACUAAGUGCACAUCAGUAAGCGCGUGGUAAAAAUUCGCAGUUCGGGUGUAAUUAUACUCUACUAUAAGUACUUGAAAUAAUAUUGUAUGAUCAAAAAAAAGGUUUUUACUAAGAGAAAAUUGGAAUAAUUUCCCAACUUUUUAUACGGGAAUGUUUUUAUAAAAAGAAAAAAAAUAAUAAACCUAUUUACUUAUUAUGUAAUACAAUAUAAAAACUGUUACCUAUUUGUCUGUCAACCUCUUAUUGAUUCUAUCUGAUACGAUAUAGCGUAGAGACCAAAGAAUUGAACAUGAAAUAAUUUAAUCUGAUAUAAUUUGUGAAUAUUCACUUCAAUUUGUCCUAAUUGUCCACUAACAUUGUUAACCUAACAUUAAGUUAAAUAUUGUACCUGCAAUAGCAUGCAUACCACAUGCAUAAUGUAAUGAAUAAAGUUGAUUAAUUAUUA